ACAACGAACGAAUGAUAGACUACCGGUGGCGACUUUCUUCAGUCGGAAUUCUCGAGCGUAUCGGAGGAGGUGUCACAAUUAUGAAGCUGUCCAUCGUACUAGUCGCCCUUUGCGGUUUGGUAGUUGCAGAUCUACCGGAUGCUCGAUUGAUUGGAGGAACAAAUGCAGCCUGGGGACAGUUCCCGUGGGCCGUUUCCAUCAAUACGCCCUUCUGGCUACACUGCGGUGGCGUAAUCGUCGAGCGGCAGCAUGUGCUCACAUCGGCUCAGUGCGUUCUAAACUUUGAAAAUCGCCUGAUCGACCCGUACUGGUUGACCAUUGUGGCCGGAGAUGUUGCUCUGGCACCGCAGGGAGCUCGCCGUCAGACCCGAAGAGUAUCGCAAAUCUUCGUCCAUCCCGAGUUCAACGUUUUCACCCGGGAACACGAUCUCGCCGUGCUGCGUUUGGACAGGCCUUACGAUCUUCCGGCGAACACCGUAGAUGUCGUGCGUCGUCGUACUCAAAUUACCCGUAUCAACGAGGCCUGCCAGUUCGCUGGAUGGGGAGCUGCCUCGAAUGCUGCCAAUGCCCCACUGAACGUGCUCCUUCGGUUCCUGCCGAUGAACGUGAACGAUCGGGAUCUUUGCAACGGUGCUCCGAUGCAUGCCGGACGUGUUAUGGAGUCCAUGAUCUGUGCUGGCAACACUGCUGCCUCAAAUAACGCAGCCCCUUGCAACGGUAAUCUCGGAACGGGACUGUACUGCAAUCGGGAGCUUGUGGGAACGUUGUCCUUCGGAGCCAACUGUGGUGCUGCCAACAACCCGCCGGUGUUCACCCAGGUGCGGAACUACAACCGGUGGAUCAACGAGCAGUUCAACCGAACUGUUGGACAGCCACCGAACUGGAGUCCAGCUCAUCUGUAAAUGGAGGCAUUUUUUGUAACUAGGUUU